AAGAUAAGAACCGUGAUUAUCUAACCGAUACUAUGCAGCGACUCACAUUGUCAGGUUCGUAUUAUAGUUUUUAUUAAAAUUAACAGUGAAAAUUUUAAAAUGCUUUUAAGAUAUUAUCUAGCCGAGGAUGGCACUCGAGUCUACACUUUAAAGAAAGUGGAUCCAGCUGGUAACCCAACACUUAGUGCACAUCCUGCUCGAUUUACACCUACUGAUCAAAAUUCCAAAGAAAGAAUUCGUAUUAAGGAACGAUUUGGACUUCUUAUGACACAAGAACCUGCACCUAUAUAUUAAAAUUAAUUCUUUUUUAACUAUGUCAAUAUAAGCAUAUAAACUGUAAACAAUUAUAAACGUUUCAUGUAACUUUAUUUUAAUAAAGCAUUUUUAAAAAAACAUUUAACAUUA